AUGGCUAGCAAAGGACUCGAGGACGAGGAUGCUAGGAUAGGCGGCUUUCACUGGCAGCAGACGACGACGAUGUUGGCAUCAAACGUCUGGCCACGAAGCUUGGGGGUGGAUCUCGAGGCCGAGACUGGUGUGGCGAGCGGAGGUCGGGGGCGCAGGGCGAGCAGUGAAGUUGUCGGUGAUGGCCCGGAGCUGCUGCCGCUGUCACAUCAAAAGCCAGCUGCGGUCGAUGGUCCGUUGAAUGGUUGCGGCGGUGUUGUGCGGAUGAGUCGUGAUGGGGAGACGGAGCGAAGUCGGGGGCGGUGUCGUGUCGAGCUGAGCGAAGCAGGCGCGGGUUGCGAGGGCAGCCUGCAGCGAGAAGCUUCCAGUGGCCGGAGGACUCCCUCGUCCGGCUGUGCCAGCGCGUCUGCUCCACCCGGCCCUUUCCACGCAUGGUGGCUCCACCUGUCUUCCGGGCGCACGCUGUCCUUGUCGAGCGUCGCUGUUGACGCAUCCCGAGGCCAUGACGCUGCCCUAGGGGCUGGACGCUCGCGGUCGCACUUGGCCAAGGGCGGCGGCGCACCGCAUCGGACGACCCAGAACUGGGCACGGCACCGUGUCCCAGCCAAACCUAUGCGGCGAUCCGUCGAGAACUGCCUCUUUGUGCCAAAACCUGCCACAUUUCAUACCCUUGUCCAUACGACAUCACCAGGUCGUCGCUGA